UCUCCCCAAAUGUGGGGAGCAGAUGUUGAAAGGAUUUGUGCAAUUGAAAGGAGUGUGUCGAGAUUUCGCUGUCCUGGAGGACCACACCCUGGCCCACAGCCUGCAGGAACAGGAGAUUGAGCAUCAUUUGGCAUCAAACAUUCAGCGGAACCGUUUGGUCCAGCAUGAUCUCCGGGUGGCUAAGCAACUCCAAGAGGAAGAUCUGAAAGCUCAGGCUCAGCUUCAGAAGCGCUACAAAGACCUUGAACAACAGGACUGUGAAAUUGCUCAGGAAAUCCAGGAAAAGCUGGCUAUUGAGGCAGAGAGACGACGCAUUCAGGAGAAGAAGGAUGAGGACAUAGCUCGCCUUUUGCAAGAAAAGGAGUUACAGGAAGAGAAAAAGAGAAAGAAACACAUCCCAGAAUCCUCUGGAGCCAAUGCUUAUGGAGAGAGUUACUAUUAUGAAGACGGAGACCAGCCACGGUCAAGGAGGGCAAGGGAAUUGGGUUCUGGAUUCUUAAAGUCUUGUAAACUCCAAAGUGAUGAAAAGACUGUGAAGCCAAGAAAGGAGAAACCCAGACAUCCACCGGAGAACUGGGAAGAACUGGAAGAGCAUCGUUUACCUGAGAAGUCUCUGUCCUCUGGCUCACGCAGAGUGAGGGAUGAUCCCCAAAUUAUCACUGAGCUGUGUGAAAGGAAAGGGUCUGGCCAUGAGAGGCCCAGGAGACCUCCUCUUCCCAAGAUCAGCGGUGAAGUGUUUCUGAGCACGGAAUCUGAUGACCGGGAGGCUAGCAGUAGCCAUCGGACUCGGAAUUGGGAAAAACAUUCCAGACACCAAGACAGGCUUUCCCCGAAGUCUUCUCCAAAAGCAGGGAUUCACUGCAAGGAGGCUGCUUAUGGGAGGGAGCGUGGGCAAGGGGAGCGCAGAGAGCGGAAGCACAGGCCCAGGACUCCUCCCUUCUCAGAGAGUGAGGAGCAGCUCCACCUCCAUGACACAGGAAUGAAGCCAAGGGGGAUGAAAGAAUCAGUUUCUACUCCGUCGAGAGUGACCCCCAGAAAUCAGGAAUGGUAUGAUGCUGAAAUUGCCAGAAAACUGCAGGAAGAAGAAAUUUUGGCUACCCAGGUGGAUCUAAGAGCAGCUCAAGUGGCCCAGGAUGAGGAAAUUGCUAGACUUUUAAUGGCUGAAGAAAAGAAAGCUUACAAGAAAGCCAAGGAGAAAUCGUCAUUGGACAAACGAAAACAUGACCCUGAUUGGAAGCCCAAAACAGCUAAAUCACACUCAAAGACAAAAGACAGUGAUGAACCUCAUCGCUCUAAGAAUGACAGGCCUGCACGACCUCCCUCCAGGCCGCCACCACCUACCAUGACAGAUGCUGAGGAUUUGGAUUACACUUAUUCCACACGUCAUUUCUCAAAAUCAGAGUCCUCUCAUAAAGGCUUCCAUUAUAAGCAGUAAAAACCUACGAAUCUGCCUUGAAAACGGACUCACUGUAGCAAAUAUUACUGGAUGAUGCAGAAUGCAUUCCACAUUUAUUUUUUCCUCCUAUGUUUGUACUCCUGGGAUUUAUCCUAAAGGGUUUUUCUGACCAUAAAUAAUUUUAAUGCAUUUAAAAUGUUUUGGUUAUUUCUGAUCACUUGGGCAGUACAAGAAAAUCUAGCUUCUGAAUAUUGACCACCUCUACACUGCUUAUACUUCCAUGGAUACAGUGUCUAAGAGAUCUAUAAAAUGCCAUUUUUUCUUAGGUAUGAAAUAUUGGUAUCUAGGGAGUAUACUUUACUUAGCAAUUAGAAUUUAGUGAAGAUAUGAUCAAGGUAAAUAAAACAAUGUUUGGAUGAAAUGGAGAAUAGAAGAAUGUAAGAAACAGUUGUUUUGGGGUUCAUUAGUAUAUGGUAUAUUAAAAGAGCCUUUUGCUUUUUGUACUUUUUAGGAAAAGAAAAAAAAAUCACAACCAUAAAGUAUUUUAAAAAGAUCAUACCUGGAACAAUUAAAAUGUGUUAUUCUGACUAUAGAGAUUUUGCAGAUACUUAUACACACCCUCCAGGGAAAAUUGACCUAGAUGGCAUUCUCUAACACUUUCUUGCUAUUGCUUCAUCAAUAGGUCGAGACUUCUGAAGCCUCUGGGCAUUGCACAUUGAUUAGUAUUAAUUGGAAAAAAUUAAUUCUAUAAUAUCCUAACUCAGGUCUGUGUAAAGUCAACUAAAAAUGAAAACUUUCUAUCCCUUCUCUUAUUUUACAUUCCUUUAUAUAGCCAAGGCAAGUGGAAUUGAAAGAGGUGUUUAUAAAUGAUGAUUUCAUCAUCCUCUCUGGCCAUAGAUAGAAGUUUUCCUCUUGCGUAAAACACAUAACAAUAUUUGUUGACAACCUCAAAAAUAUUUUAUGUACUUCUCAAUAAAUAGAUAAUUCAACAUCAAGUCGAAAUUAAUAAAGUACUUCUUUAUGCAUGUAUUUAGUUCUACACAUCGUUAAUGAUAUAUGGUCAUUGGAUCCUUUAUACAAGACCUUAAACUCCUCUUCAAGAAAUAGUCUUUGUCUAACUUCAAACCUUAUGGAAAUGCUUAUUUUCCUAUACUAGUUAGUUAACACAAAUGUCAAUCUCACACACAAACACACACACACACACACACACACAUAUAUAUAUAUACGUAUAUAUAUGUGUGUGUAAUAUCCCUUCAACUUGACUGCCUAUAAUUUUUCAUGGUAUGAAUCUGACGUUUUUGGCAUUCUAGUACGGUUUUUGUUUAGGAAAGAAAUGUGUAGGUGACUAGAAAAAAGUUCGUAACCCAUUCUUUUCCCAUUGGGAAAUGCCUUCAGUUUGCCUUAUCUUUCUGGAUAGACUUUAAAGUCAGGCAAUAUUCAGGAAAAGCUAUUAAGAGUAGUUUUGAGAGUGGAUGUGGGUGUUUCAUUUUGAGAAGGGUCUUUAGUUUCAGAAAGUGUUUGGAUUGUAAGAAUUUGGGCAAAAGGUGUCUAAGAGUUAACUUUGAGGAGAAUGAUAAAGAAACAAAACCCUAAGGGAGGUAGUUACUUCAGAGAAAUGGGGAAAGGCAAAAUAACAGGACUUUGAAUGGCCAUGAUGAAAUGCAUGAAUAAAAGCCUUCAUUUAGCCAAUGGCAAACAAAAUGGGGUCCUGGCCUUAAGUCCAAUUGCAGAGAGGGUGGUUUCAAUAUCCAAAGCUUAGGCCUUGUUGACUUACAUUGUUUUUUGUCUGCCCUGUGAUUUUGCUUCAUAUUUUAAAAAGUUUUUAUGGUAGCUUUAAAGAAAAAAACAAUAACAGUGUUUUUUUUAUUUGAUAAUUAAGCAAAUGAGCAAUAUCAUUUGCCAUAUUUUUAUUUUAUAAAUGUUUAUUUUUAUAUCUCAUGCAAUGAUCAGUUUUACUUUUUAAAUUCUGCAUUCCUCUUGCUUCUCAUGUACUUUAUUCAAUUGUAUUUAUUAUUAUGAAAUGCUAACUGGAUAUAUUUCCUUCAAAACUGUCAGGCCACUUAACACUUAACCAGAAUGUUAGUGUUUCAACUGUCUUAGUGAGUGACCAAAGGUGAUAUUUCCUUUGUGACACUCAAUUCAACAUCUGUAUUGAAAAUUUGAUUUUUUUAAGGUUUUUAAAUGAUUGGUUUUUUAGAAUAUUUUAAUUUAACUUAAUUUUUUUUAUAAAGCAAACACUCUUUUUAAAGCAUAUCAGAGUAAUUCUUUCCCUGUGAAUAAGGAGACAGAAAUCAAACUCAACCAGCUAAAUCCUCUUAUUCUCAUUCAAAUAAUGUAAUUAGCUUUGAGACUAUAAAAGCAACUAACAAUGGUAUUUUAAGGAACUGCCAAACAUUCUUCACUAUAUUCUCUGCUUUACACUGUGUCAUUUCUAUAUAAAUGUGGAAGCAUUUAUUUUUUUCCUGUUCCUACUGCUGGAACACAGGCAACUUAAUUUUUAGGCCCACAAUGUAUUAUGCUUUAAUGUUGUGAUGUAAACAAAUGCUUCUGGCCUUGGAAAAUUUUUCUGUUUCUAUACCUCUGUUCUCUGGAGGCCAGGCUCUAUUAGCACCAGUAUUGCUGAAUGAGCACAAUGUGUUAAGGAGCCUUAUACUGGACAGAUAACAGCCCCUUCCCCCAGCCUAACUUUUGUUGUAAGUCAUUGCCUAGUAGCAAAGCGAGAUAUGG